CAACAGAGGUCUGUGCAAGGGUAUGGGAAUAUCAGCAACAACAGCAACAAUGGCAUACCACUAUUUGGGGGAACGCUGGCAAACAUAAUUUGGAAGUCUGUGUUUUUUGAGAGACCGUCAAGUAUAAUCUCCAGUUUUGUGGGGGUCACAACAGAAUUGGCUGAUGCAUGGACCGGUAGCUUGACAUUGGAAUUGCCUUUCGGGGUUUCAAUCAAGUCGUAAGUUAUUCAGUCAUAUAGUCAUAUUUCAUGUUUUAUUCUUGUUAUUUUCUAUAAAAUAUCAACAGACUUGACAGCUUAUAUUGCUAAGUAAUCAUGAAAGAGAAGGAAUGGACUUUCCUGGACUUUCUUCCAUGAGCCCCUCACUUCUCCCUCACCUCUGCGGCGAAAUCAGAGGUGAGUGAGGGGCAGCAUCAGGUUGAGGACAGGGUGUUCAUGAUGGGGAACGUCAUGCGUGGCGCUGUGGCCUUCAUCCCCUCCGAGCGCUGCCAGCAUUUCCUGGUGGGCGACCUAAAGGAGAUGCCUCUUGAUCGGACACUAGACCUGAGCAAUUUCCAGCUGCGUCGGCUUCCUGUGGCUGCCUGCCUGUUCAAUGAGCUGGUCAAGCUCUACCUGAGUGGCAACAACCUGAACACCCUACCUGCAGACCUGCAGGACCUGAGGAAGCUGCAGCUCCUAGCUUUAGACUUUAACUGUUUUGAAGAGCUGCCUGCGGCGGUGUGUCAGCUACCCCAGCUUAACAUCCUGUAUCUGGGCAACAACAAGCUCUGGAGCCUCCCCCGGGAGCUGGGUGAGUUGAAAGAACUUAAUACCCUUUGGUUGGAGACAAACCGCUUCAUUGAGUUCCCUAGUGUGGUCUGCGACCUCCCCAACCUCAAGACCCUCCAUCUGGGGUACAACCAGAUAAGCAAAUUGCCCAUGGAGCUCAGUGGGCUGAAGGAGCUGAGGAGUAUCUGGCUAGCCGGGAACCAGCUGUUUGAGUUCCCGCCAGUGUUGCUUGCCAUGCACUUUCUGACCGUGAUUGAUGUGGACCGCAACAACAUCUGCCGUUUUCCCGGUCUCUCCCACUUGCAGGGGUUAAAACUGGUAAUCUACGACCACAACCCCUCUAUGAACGYACCUGUGGUCGGGGAGGGGGUCAGGAGGGUUGGACGCUGGGCGGACAGCUCAGAUGAUGAAGAGGAUGGUGAGGAUGGGUCGAACGUGUGUGAGAYGCUGACUGAGGUGAAGGAGCUUGCCUCAGAGGGAGAAUUGGACUCACUACUUGAAAAGCGUUGUGGAAGAAUCUGACCUUCAGCCGUGGAUAGGCUGGAGAACAGGAUGCCAGUCAAGUGGAGCACUUACUGGAGAGCGGCCAUUUGUCUCGGCAUGUUACACAAGCAGACAGGCCUGAUGGUGUUGGCUUCCAAAUAUGGUAAAGCCAAUAAUAUGGACCUAAAAACAGAUGACAAAUAAUAAGCUAUUACAAUUGGUUUUCCAUCAUGAUGAAACAUGGACCUCAUGAAAAGCACCAGGAGAAAUCUCACAUGAAGUUCUCUAUUACAUAACUGUCUGCAGAUUUGAAUGAAAUUGUGGCUAGUUUUUAGUUAAUUUAACAGGUGAUUAUCCAAUUUAAAUCAUUUCUGGAGACAUGAAGAAAUUCUACCAGGUGUCCCUAUUCAUKAAAUUCUCCUGUGUUAAAUCAAUACUGACUGUGUUAAAUUUAACACUGGCCAUGGCUACACAGGUCCAUACUUUUGAGUGUUAAAUGAACACUGUGCUUAGUGCUGACACUAUUACMCUUUGUCAGUGUUAAGGAAUUAAAACUUUCAGUGUUGUGCAAUAACACCUUAUAUAGUAUUUUUACCCAUUGCACCAAGAGGUCAGUAUCUCUUGACAAGGUCACACAGUUGGGUUAAGGACAUUACAAUAAUGUUUCAAGUCUUUAUUGUAACAUGCUCUUACGUAAGAGUUUAUAAAAACGUCAGAACUGGAAGCAGACAUGCUCAAAUGUUUAUUAACAUAACUAUAGACUACUUAAACUAGUACAAUGCUUCCACUCACAGGUAGCCAAAAAUACCUAAUUGAAAGCCACGUCCCAAUAAACCACACAUCAAAUAUAAUUUCCCAGUGUGCCUUGCCUUUUCGAGUGAAUUGUAUCCUUAACGCCCAUGACUGUAUUAGUUAGUGACAGAGACAUCGUUGUUAAAUUAAUUCCUUUUCAGUCCUGUGGACUUCAAGUGGGUUCCUACUGUAGGCAAAUGUUAUCAUUAAAAUUAAACUGUUUAUGUGUCACGAUCGUCGUAAUGAGGCAGAGUGGACCAAGGCGCA